UGCCCGGCGUCGCCGAGUUCGCCGCCUCCUUCAAAAGCCCUAUUACAAGUUCUCCUCCCAAGUGGAUGGCUGAAUUAGAAAAUGAUGAUAUCGAUAUGUUGAAGGAGUUGGGGAGCCUCACGACAGCUAACCUGAUGGAAAAAGUUCGUGGCCUGCAGAACCUGGCUUAUCAGCUGGGACUGGAUGAGUCAGAAAUAACAAGAGGUCGUAUAUCAGUCUGGUGUUGUCUAGUG